CUAUAGGUCAUUCUUAGGAUUGCUUGAUCCAGACCCCAUUGAAAUUAGCGAUGAUGACAACGAUGAGGUGCAGACAGCUAUUCAAAAUAGCAUGGGCUUAGCAAACGAUUCAAGCGCGCAACAAAUGGUUAGUACUGUUUUGAAUGACCACAUAGAUAAAGUGAUGGUUGGAAAAUCCUGUGACGUAGCCAUAUCUAAAAACAUUAUUAACGUUCGCCGCAAGCAUGUAUUUGAAGACGGUAUUGCCAAGCUAGGAAGAAAAAAAUUUGAUCCUUCACGUCCGUUGUCUGUCAUGUUUGCCGACGAAAUCGGGUCUAGCGAGGGUGCUGUGGAUCUAGGAGGGCCGACACGAGAAUUUCUCCGCCUUGCAGUUUCAGGAGCCUUUUCUUCGAACGCGUUCCUGGGAUUGCCCUCGAAAAAGGUGCUGGUUAUGAACCAAGAAGCAAAGAGGAAAACUUAUUGUGAAGUAAGUAUCAUAGAACGGAUCAGUGCUACUACAGAAGAAACAACGUUUGCAACUAUAGUAGGAUCUGAUGAUGCCAUUGAUGUUUUUGCACAAGCUGGCUUUCACGGCAUUCCAAAGUUUGAAACAAGAAAACAGCUUGUGGAAGAGCUUUGUCAAUUUUUUCUAAUUGAUAAAGCGAGAAGUGCAAUUGAGCAGUUCAAGGACUGGUUAAAAACACUGGGUGUUCUUAGCUUAUUAAAAGGAAAUCCACUUCUCUUCCGCCCAUACUUCUGCCAUCGUAGCAAGCCGCUGACCGCGAUAGAAGUUGACAGAAUAUUUACACCAGAUUUUUCAGAAGAUGGUUGUCGAAGACGUGAAAGGGAGGAGCUCGUUAUAAUGCAUUGGCGUGACUAUCUACAGGAGUGCGAAGCAAACUGCUUUGCCAAUGUUUCAGAGCCUCUUGUAUCUUUGCCGAUGAUUAUGAUUUUUGCAACUGGGUUGGAGGAAGAGCCUCCUUAG